ACGUAGCGGUGCGAUCGAUUGUACGUCGCUAACGGAACUUUGAAUGCGUAAUUCGUAUGGUGAAUAAACGGGAUUGAAAAUGAGUGGUUGCUGUAUCGGAAAAAUAAAGAAAAGUGAUCAGUGCCGGAAGAAGUGAAUUUUGUUAUUUGUUGUUGUUUAGUUUAUUUGUUUUUCUGAUUUUUGUGCGUGCAGAGUGUGAGUUGAAUGACAAAUAAUAAAUGCAAUCUAACACGCGACAAGUACAUAGUGUGUUGGAUACGUGAAUAAAACGGGCGGCUACAACAACAACACCACCACAAAAUCACAUAUUCACAGUGUAGCGAUCAAAGUGCAAAUAUAGUAACUAGUAUACUACAUAAAUAUAAAAAUUAUUUAAACAAACAAGCAUAUGUGUAUAAAUAAAACCCGCAAUAAUGUCAAAAAAAUAUCAGCGACUGCUCGAUCAGACUGCUGCCGGCGUCGGAGAUACCGGUGAAACAGUUGAAGGCGGCAUUAUGUCGACAACAUCAACAACAACAAACGUAAAUGCCCAAACUGCCGCUGAGAACCUGCAAACUAUACUUUUCACUGAUAGCAGCCGUGAGUCUAGCAGCAGCGGCAGCAGCAGCAGCAACACAACUCGGGGGAGUGGGAGUGGAAGUGGAGGCGCAGGCAACGACAACGGCAACGGCAACCACCACGGGUCAGCGAUGCGUCACAACAGACAUGUUCAUGUAAGCGGCAACAACCAUCACAACAAGAGCACCAGCGGCAGUAGCAGCAGCAACAACAAUAGUCGAAACAAUAGCAGCAGUGCGAGCAGCAGUUGGGAAUACAGCCCAUUCGACAGCGUCAGUACAAAUAACAUAAAUGAGACAACGACAUCAGCAGACAUGUCAACUGUAGCAACAGCAGCAGUAACAACAGCGACGAUGACGGCGACGACGACGACGACGACGAAUCUGAUUGCUGCUGGGUUAAAAUCGUCGUCAACAUCGCUUUUGUUAGACGCCUUUGAUGCGGAUGACACAACGAUGGAGGUACCAUUGCUUGGCGGAAAUAACAAUGCAAGUGAAAUUUAUAUGAAAUUUAACCACACAAAAGCACAAAUACACGCAUAUAAUAAAACAAUUAAAAUUCAUUUGCUCUCACAUGCCCAAUACAAUGUAAAUAAGUGCAAUUACCUCCAUUAUUGUGACAUUCAUUUGAAUAUUGUUUGUACAUACUUAUGUAGGUGAGCGCAUAUUCAUGUGCUCACGCAACGUUCUCACGUACGUUGGAGGCAGUUCAAAUUGUUGUUGAUAAAUUUUCAGGUGUGUGACAUCACAACACUUCCGACACAUGAGUUCAUAUACAUAUAUAUCGUCACCUGGAAUGCAAAAAGACGUAACAUCAUCGUAAAUGAAAUGGAAAAA